AUGUUCAACAUGACAUGGUUAUGGUCGUCGGUGUGGAUGUCUCUAUUUAUGGUUCUGCCACUUGUAUUAGCACAGAGAGUAUUGGACCUACCGAGCAGAUGUUACCGUGAGCCGGACCCAGCGUUAUGCAAGAUUGGGCGUGCACGGUACUUCUUCAACGCCACGUCAGAGCUGUGCGAGGUCACUAGGAACACACGAUGCUCCGGACGCAGACCAACCUUUUACUCAACAAUAUCUCGAUGUAUGCAGCGAUGUGCAUGUAAGGCAGACGCCCAUCCAGGCCCUUGUAACGGUUACAAUGUUAGGUACUACUACAACACUAGAUACAGGAUGUGCACUCCCUUUGUGUUUGGAGGCUGUGGUGGGAACUUUAACAACUUCCAUACGUUCUUCGACUGUCAAUGGUCGUGUAACCCAGGCUUCUUUGCAUUUGACUAA